CCGCCGCCUGCGCCGCCGCUUUCGCCUUCCGGCCCCGCGUGGGCCCGGGCGCCGCCUCCCCCCGGCCUCCUUCUAGGCUGCGAUCAUGUAGACAAUUGUAAAUCAUGUGAAGAUGGGACUCUUGGUAUUUGUGCGCAACCUGCUGCUAGCCCUCUGCCUCUUUCUGGUACUGGGAUUUUUGUAUUAUUCUGCGUGGAAGCUGCACUUACUCCAGUGGGAAGACUCCAAUUCAGUGGUUCUUUCCUUUGACUCCGCUGGACAAACUCUAGGCUCAGAGUAUGAUCGGUUGGGCUUCCUCCUGAAACUGGACUCUAAACUGCCUGCUGAGUUAGCCACCAAGUACGCAAACUUUUCAGAGGGAACUUGCAAGCCUGGCUAUGCUUCAGCCCUGAUGACUGCCAUCUUUCCCCGGUUCUCCAAGCCAGCACCCAUGUUCCUGGAUGACUCCUUUCGCAAGUGGGCUAGGAUCCGGGAAUUUGUGCCACCUUUUGGAAUCAAAGGUCAAGACAAUCUGAUCAAAGCCAUCUUGUCAGUCACCAAAGAGUACCGUCUGACCCCUGCCUUGGACAGCCUCCGCUGCCGCCGCUGCAUCAUCGUGGGCAAUGGAGGUGUCCUUGCCAACAAGUCUCUGGGGUCACGAAUUGACGAUUAUGACAUUGUGGUCAGACUGAACUCAGCACCAGUGAAGGGCUUUGAGAAAGACGUGGGCAGCAAAACAACACUGCGCAUCACCUACCCAGAGGGUGCCAUGCAGAGGCCUGAGCAAUAUGAGCGUGAUUCUCUCUUUGUCCUUGCUGGCUUCAAGUGGCAGGAUUUCAAGUGGUUGAAGUACAUCGUCUACAAGGAGAGAGUGCCCUUUCCCAAGCAAGGCCAAGUUCAGGCAGUGUCAAGUAGGUAGCAAGGAAGAGAGAAGACAGAAGUCAGGUCCAGAAAUUCAGGUAGGUAGAACAGUAGGGAAAGUGGGCCCAUCUCAGAACUAGGCUGAAUGAGGCAACAGGGUGAUCAUCUGGCUUUAGACAGGCUCAGCUUCAAAGGCCCAGUGCCCACAUAACCAGUCAGAGUGGGAGCAGCCCGGCCAGGAAUUUAGCUCAGUGGUUUCGCUGCCUGUUGCACAAGCACAAGGACCAGAGUUCGAUCCCCGGUACCAAAAAAUCCAGAAUGGGAGCAGCCCCUGCUCUCAGAAUGCUAGCGCCCAAGUCACCAGUAUCCCCAGAGCCUUUCUCUUUGCCUUGAGGGCAAUAGAAUUGGAGUCACAGGUAAGCAUUUUGAAGGGAGAAAUGGAGGGAAAUUAAGUCCUCCUUAGUGAACCCCGGGGACCCUGGGGGCUGCUUUUUCACUCUGGCCUCCUGCCCAUAUGCCCCCUCUCUUAGCAGUUCAUUUCUCUGCCCAUGGACACCUGUCCAAACCCGAAGCUUACCUCAGGGCAGGGCCUUGAUCCCUUUGGUUUUUGCCCCUCAGCACCCAGUCACCAUAAAUGAUCUGGAAUUAGUCUGGAAUUUGUUCAUACACCAGCUCCUACUUUCUGCUAGUUGGACUGGGAAAAGCCAGGCAGGGCAGAUUAGGAGGGCAAGCCAUAGGGGCCAGACCACCACGCUGACUGCUGAUACUUGUUCCCUCCAAGAGCACCAAGGUCAGUCAAGUCAGGGUUCCCGCAGUUCAUCCAAGGGAGAAAGGAAAGAACGAAAGGGAGGAGAAAGCCAGCUAGAGUCGGAGGACACAGGUAGCAGCAAGACUGAGAAGCUCCCAGCCCAGGCAGGUCGAGGUUCUACAGCAGAAAUGCACACUCAGACUGCUUCCCAGUCCUGUCCUGCCACGCUCAGGAAUCCAAGACCAGCCUUGUGCGAAUGACAACUCUAUCCCAGGGUGGGUCGGGGUGAGUGGGAAGGAGAUGGAGAAGAGUCCUGUGUAGUUCUGUGGGCUUUUCCUCAUGCCUUCAGAGUGAGCUGCCAGAGGAAUCCAGGGAUGCCUAUGGCCUGACCUUUCCUAUUAUCCAGAGUGGACUUUGUUUGGGUCCCUUGCUGUCUCAGUGGCCCCCUACAUAAUACCCUUUUCCACCCCAAGCUCAAGGCACUCCCAGGACUGCUCCAUGGUCUGCUUCACUUCUCCAGCCACUGAGACCCAAGUGAAUAUGAGCCAGGCUGCUUCUGUUUGGUGCCUUGCCACAGGGCCCAGCCACAGGCCUGCCCUGCUACUGCAAUGGUGUUUCUAGCCAUGCAGCCUCAGGCUGCUGGUGAGCUCUGCACCUGUCUGGAGCCUCACCUGCAAAAUUCUGGCAGGAGGCAGCUCAGUUCUGGAGCCAAGGCCUGGCUGGGCAAGAUUGGAACAGGUGUUAAGCCUCAAUCACAGGUGCUCCCUGCCACUAGCUAUGUGAGCAGUCACUCAGUGUGUGCUGUUCUCGUACCUGGAGUCCUGCUGGGGUAUGGAAAGGGUAGGGUGUGAAAAAGGGACAGGGUAGCCGGGGAUUUAGCUCAGUGGUUUUGCUCCCUGCUGCGCAAGCACAAGGACCCGAGUUCGAUCCCUGGUACAAAAAAAAAAACGGCGGGGGACAGGGUUGAUUCUACUCCUAUCUAGCUGGGGGCUCUCCUCUUCACCAUUUAUGGCCCUUUGGUUCCUUGAUUCACUGGAUAGUAGCACAGAUAACUCCAAACAAGUUCUUCAAAGGCCCUUUAUCUCCCCAUCCCAAGAGUCUUUACCAAGUUAUUGAGCAGGUACAAGAGCUCCUGGAAGGCCUUGUGUGCUCAGGGCAUCUCAGAAGAGCACCAGUGGACAGGUGAGUACCUGUGGAACCUGAGGCCAGGAGGGAGGGUGGAUCCCAGAACUAGAGGAUACAGCCAUAGGGAGAGGUGGUGGCCUCCAGCUCCUGUGAAACUCUCCUUGGAGGCAGAUCUGCCGCCAUCCCCUAUGCAUUCCAUGGGAAUCCAGAGAUGAAUCAACACUCUUACUGAUCCAGAAUUGCUCACAGUUUGGUGGAAGAAACAGUCCUGAAACAACAGUGAUGGUGCAGUGUACCAGGAGUCAUGAUGGGGAGACACUAAUGUGGCCCUGAGGGCAGCCUGGGAGGGGACAGGAGGAGGCAUCCUGGAGGAGGCACUGCUGAGCUGGCUGAGUGAGCCUGGUGAAGGUGAUAUAAGCAAAGGGAACCUCAUGUGAAGAGGCCCAGAGAGACCACACUCCAUUCAGGUCACUGAAUAAUACUAUGUGAGCUGAGCAGGGCGCAGUGCCAGCAGUGUAUCAGAGAAUGCUGCCAUGUGUCUCAAAUGCUGAGGGCUAUGCAUCCUCCUCCUGGUGCUGGAUGAAGGCUGGAGAUGCCCCAUUCCCUGUCCAAAGGAAGGGACCCUGGGGCCUGAAGUGAUGGGACAGGUGAGCGGCAGAGCUUCCCAUAGAGUCACCAGGCUGGGUCAGUGUGGGUAUGGUCCCAGCCCUGCAGUGGGAAGGAAGAACAUGAGGGCCUGGGAUAGUUUUGUUUUUGUUUUUGUUUUGUACUGUGGAUCAAACUCAGGACCUUGAGCUUGCGAGUCAGGUGCGGCACCACUGAGCUAAAUCCUCGGCCCUGCCCAGGAUAGUUUUGACAGAGGCUUGACCUUCAGCAGUAAGUUGGGAGGGAAGAAAGGGCAAGAUCACAGAGGCCAGCUAGGGCCUUCCAUUCAUGUUUGGGGGACUAGAUCUGUGAUUUCAGGAGCAAUGACAUGUUUUAAGAGAGGAAAACAGCUUAGGCUAUGAAGUUAUACAGACUUGGGUUUACAUUUAGACUCUUGGGGCUGGGCAUUUGGCUCAGUGGUUCCGUCACCUGCCUCGAAAGCACAAGGUCCCAAGUUCAAUCCCUGGUACCACACACACACAAAAAAAAAUACAUUUAGAGUCUGGUACUUAUUAGCUAAGGUUACCUUUGGCAAAUUAUUUGUCCCCUUAGAUUUAGUCUCACACAGCAGUAGUGGUACUAUCCAUCUUUUAGGGUUGUUUUAAAAUUAAGAUGGAACAGAGAAACACCCAGCACAGAGAACCUAGUAAGUUCCCAAUCUAGGGCAGUCGUUAAUGUUGGUGGUAUUGUUACAGUUAGAAAAGCCCUGUUGCACUAGAGAAUGAAGCAUUUGUCUGUCCAGGCUAUGUGGCCUGACCUAGGCAGUAACCUUAAAAUAGGCAAAGGCCAAGCCUAAAGGAAGGGGAGACUGAACCGCAGCAGCAGAGCUGAGCCAGCAGUCUGAGAAAUCUAAAGGGUAAACAGGGCCACCAGAUCUGAGUGUGAGGCCUCACUGAACCAGGCCCAAGCUGGGGAUUGGAUAUCCAUCUUCACCUGAGCCUCUUUCCUGUUCGGGCUUGAGAAGACUCUGCCCAGGAGGAGCCCAGCCUGGGUACUACCUCACCUUUGUGGACAGUCAGGCAGGGCCUAUAGCAUGGCCCUGACUGCAGAAACACCCUCGACUCCUCCAAGCCCCUCCAAGCUGAGCCCUCCUGGGAUAUAGCAUUCCUUUUGCAGCCAUCUCCAGUGGCCAUAGCUGUCUUUCUCAUGCUUCUCAUGCCCUGUGAGUGCUGGGAGGACUUCAUGCUCCCUUCCUAUACCGUGUCUGACUGUUGCUUCUCUACCCACAGGAGUGGGCCUUGUGUCAUCACCACCCUGUGCUUCUCUGCACUGCUGCCCAUCUGUGACCUCUUGGUUCUUCUGCCUCAUAAAAAUUGUCAUUGUCCUCUUCUUUUCCUGCCUGUCUUCUCCUUCUAUUCCUCCUUCUUAGUUUCUUUUCUUUCUCUCCUUCUUCCACUAUCACCAUCGUAGGUGUCAUUUAUUAAGCUCUUCAUUUCCCCAGCAUUCCUUGAAUUCCUUUAUUCAUUAUCAUAAUGACCCUAUUAGAUGAGUACUGUUGUCCCCAUUGUAGAGCUCAGGAAAUAAGCAGAGAGGGCAGGUUGCUUGCUUAAUAUCACCCAGCUAGGUAAGUGGUAGAGUUGAAGUUAAAUUCAAACAGGACUUUCUGAGAACUCAGUCUGACCACAUACCUUCCUGCUUAGAAUCCUCAAUUAAUCAGCUACUACCUGCCAAGGCCUAGGGGAAUGCUAAGAGCUAUCUUUACGUGCCAGGCCUGGGCUACAUGACUUGCAUGGAUUAAUUCAGCAACCUGUGAGGCAGCUACUCGGAGUACUAGAAAGUGGCAGAGCCACAUGUUAGACUUAAGGUAUCUCACUUUAAGCACUGUACUGUGACACUUCUCAUUUACUAGUUUGUUCAUUCAAAUCCAAAUCAGUCACCAAAGUCAUGUAAAGUCCCAUACUUCCAACACCAUCCUAGUUAUACUCCUCCGCAUGCCUUUCUCCACAUCCAACCAGUGGACUGAAUCUCACAUGGAGAGAAAAACUACAGUUGAGGUUGUAACCCAUAUUACCUUACUAGCAUCUUGGGGCUACUUCCUAUAGGAAGGAACCUAUGUCCUGUCACUGAUCAUUGAUCUCAGAACUGUACCCUCGACAUCUUCAGUUCUACUUUACCUCCAGUCCUGUCCCAAGCAGAAAUCACACAUCCAGCUGCACAAGGAAAAUAAACAUCACCAUUAAUCAAGACCUCUCAAUGUCCCACCCCCCAGUCUACACAUUCCCCUGCAUCGAUUCCUCCUUUUCUCCUGCACAAUCUUUCCUGGGCCCAGUAUCAAUUUUUUCCUGAUCUCAGAGGCCCUCUCCUCUCAUCUCUUCAGGAAGCUAUCUUCCUUUGUUUACUGAGCUUCCUCUGGCAUCUGUACAUUUGUUCACGUCUCACCUUGGAAAUAAAAGCCCUCCCUCUAGCUCAUGUUCAUUCUCUCUCCUUCCUUUCCUUUUCAGCUUUCUGGAAAGAGUCACCACCUGUCCCAGCAGCCUCAUGUUUGCCCCUUCAGUUUCUCAAGCCCUCCAGCCUGUCUUCCAAAUCCAUUCCUCUGACAGUAACCUUUUUGAUUCUAAAUCCAGUGGACUCAACCUCUGCCUUUCCUGUGAAGGAACAGCUAUCAGCAAUUAUUCAGCAAGUAUUUACUGGGCACAGUGUUAGGUUCUAGGAAGAAGCUAGUGGCCAAAAACCUGAGAAGCAUCCUUAAUUUCUCAUCUCUCCUUUGGCCUCCAUAUUCAAUCAUUCAGUCUCCAGAUCUAUGACUACUCCUACAAAUAUCUUGCUUCGGCUAUUUCAGCAGCUUUUUAUUUUCCUUCCUCCUGUCCAUGUUCCUAUAUCAGUAAGAUUGGUUCCUUCUCUUGUUUAAUGGUUGCCCAUUGCCUAGCUGUACCAGUUCCCAGUGUUCCUUCUCAUGCUGACAGCAUUAGCACCACCUGGACAUUUGUUAUUUGAAGAGGAGCCCCCUUAGAAUUUCUGAAUGAGAUGUUCUGGAAGUGGGUGCAUCCAUCUGUGUUAACAAGUUCUCUCACUGACUCAGACAGACUCAAGUGUGAGAACCACUGGCUUGCAGGAUGAAAUUCAAACUCCAUAGCAUAAUGUAGCACUCAUGAGCCAGCCCUUGCCACUCUUUCUUACACACCCAACAUGUAUAGGACACUCUGGUGAUACAAAAAGGUGUCUACUGUUCUCACCUCCAUGUUCCACCUACUGCCCCUCCCAGGACCUCUGGGAAACAAAAACAACCUUGUUUAUGUCUUAAGCCCAGCAGGGUUUGAGCAUAAUUGGCAUAUCUAAAGGAAGAAAAUUAAUGUGGAAACCGAGGCCAGAAUGAGGCAGUAACUUCUGAAGAAUUGGGGUUCUGACCCCAAACUUUGGCUCUCAGUCAGGGCUCUUUUCCUCAAUUCCAUUGUCUCUUGCUUUCAUUGCCUGAGAAAUUAUUCUUUUGGACUCAGAGCCUUGCAUCCUCUUGCUCUCUUUUCUUCUGGGAAUCUCUUUCCUCUUCACCAUGUUUGAUCUUCUUUCUGCAGCUCCAAGAUCAUUUUCCUUGAUAAGGAAAUGAAAAUUAAACAGUCCCUGGCGCCCUGCUUCUUUGAGUUGUCUGUCAGCAUCACAUGGUCUCUCCCAAGCCAACUCCUCUUUCUGUUCUUUGCGUUUUCCAAAUAUAGCUUUAAAAAAGGUUUUUUGACCCUCUCCUCAUAACACUCAUCUAAAUAAAUUCCAAGUUGACUAUAAAAAGUAAAUUAUAAAAAAUAUAGCCAAAGGAAGUUUUGAAGAAAUAGAAAUCAAAUCUUGCUACCAUAUGCAAAUUUAAACAAAGACUGUACCACACAACUUUGAAAAGUAUAUUUAGAAAAUAUGAGCGACAGCACAGUGGCUCAUGCCUGUGAUCCCAGCACUUGGAGGCUGAGACAUGAGGAUUGUGAGUUCUAGGCUAGCUUUUACUAUAUAGGGAGCCCCUGUCUUAAUAAAACAAGGGGGAGGACAGUAUUUUCAUGAUGGUAGAUGAGAAAACCAUUGGAAACCCAGCAGCUAAGGGGAAA